CUCGGGGUCCCAGUUGGAGAAGAGGAGAAGGGGAAGAGAGGUGGGAUGGAGAAGACCGGCUGAAGCAGGGGCGCCCGGGAUUCGCGACCGAGUGGCGUGAAAAUUCUCAAAUCGCUCCCCGCCGCUCCUCUUUGUGCUGGGUUUGGCUGUUCUCCAAAACAUCAAGGCUAGCAAUCGAGGGACUGAAACAUAAUCGGUGGAGAUAUGUUUUCGCCCCGUGAAACGUUCUCCGAGCGGCUCUGAAAGGCAGCGGCUCGUGACAGCGACGCCCCCCCCCCGCCCCCGGCCGCAGGACCCCAGCGGGAACGGAAACCGGAUCGGGAUGUCCCAGCAAAAGUGCAUCGUGAUCUUCGCGCUGGUCUGUUGCUUUGCCAUCCUGGUGGCGUUGAUCUUUUCGGCAGUGGAUAUCAUGGGAGAGGAUGAGGAUGGGCUCUCAGAGAAGAACUGCGAAAAUAACUGUCGGAUCACGCUGGUGGAAAACAUUCCCGAAGGCCUUAAUUAUUCAGAAAGUGCCCUGUUCCAUCUCCCGCUCUUCCAAGGCUGGUGGAAUUUGCUCAACAUGGCCAAGAAGUCUGUCGACAUUGUCUCCUCCCAUUUUAAUCUCAACAGCAGUUACCCACUGGCGCGUCAGGGUCGGCGUCUCUUGGAAAAACUGUUCCAGCUGGCUGCCCGAGACAUUGAGAUCAAAUUAGUGAGCGAUGUGCUAACUGCUGAUUCAAAGGUAUUAGAAGACUUGAAGUUAAAGGGGGCGGAGGUGACGUACAUGAACAUGACGGCUUAUAACAGGGGGCGGCUUCAGUCUUCCUUCUGGAUCGUCGACAAGCAGCACGUCUACCUUGGCAGCGCCAGCUUGGACUGGAGGUCCCUCGGACAGAUGAAGGAGCUCGGCGUCAUCUUCUAUAACUGCAGCUGCCUGGUCUUAGACAUUCAGAGGAUAUUCGCCUUGUACAGCUCGCUCAAAUACAAGACCAAAGUACCACAGUCCUGGUCCAAGAGAUUGUAUGGGGUCUAUGACAACCAAAAAAAACUGCAGCUCCAGUUGAACGGAACCAAAUCGGAAGCCUUUGUCUCGAAUUCCCCCAAACUCUUCUGCCCCAAAAACAGAAGCUUCGAUCUGGACGCCAUCUACAGCGUUAUCGACGACGCCCGGAAGUUCGUCUAUAUCGCGGUGACGGAUUACCUGCCUCUCAUCUCCAACGUCAACGCUCAAAGGAUUUACUGGCCCGAUUUGGAUGGGAAGAUAAGAGAGGCCCUCAUUUUGCGAAGCGUCAAAGUUCGACUGCUCAUAAGUUUCUGGAGGAACACCGACCCUCUCACGUUCAACUUUGUUUCAUCCCUUAAAGCGAUUUGCACUGAGAUCCCCUCCUGCAGUUUGAAAGUGAAAUUCUUUGACCUGGAGAAAGAGAGCGCUUGCUCUUCCAAAGAACAGAAGGAUAACUCCUUCCUGAAGUUAAACCGCAACAAAUACGUGGUGACCGACAGGGAGGUUUACAUUGGGAAUUUCGAUUGGGUGGGGAACGAUUUCACCCAGAACGCCGGAGCCGGCCUGGUCAUCGGCCAGGCGGAUGCGGGGAACGAGACGAGCGUCAUCAAGCAACUGAAGGACGUGUUCGAGAGGGACUGGUAUUCGCCCUACGCCCAAAACCUCCAGCUGACCAAAAUCCCCAACUGCCUCAGCCACAGACCCAUCGCGUCGGCACCGGACGAGACCGCGGCCACGCCGAACGUAAACUGAGAGCGCCUGUCGAGGUCGACCCGGCGGGACGAGUCAGAUCUAGGUAGAAGGACUAAGGGGGAAACGGCAAAAAAUUGAAUACGUCUGUUUUGGGAUUUAUUUUAUUUUAUUUUUUUUAAGAGAAAAGCACACUUAUCUAAAAGAAUCUCUGAAGCGCAUAAGGUCAUAGCCGACUCCAAGCUCCACCUGGACUGGAUUUAAGACUCCUACGUCGGUUACUUCAGACUUGGGAUGUUCAUUUCCCUCUAGAGGCUGGAUGGGAAAUCUUACGACGUCGGAAUCGAGAGCCUCCGUUCCUCCGGCUUCUGGGACAUCUCCUCGCUCCCUGUCCGUUCGGGGCGAAAUCCGAAGGGAGGGAUCUAUUUAUGGGAAACGUGAGAUGGGUGCUUCACGUCGGCAGAGGCGACUGCCAAAAAUCUCCAUUUCGGAUCCUCUCUCACCUGCCUGGUCCUCCCGGGGAUACUGACUCCAUCCCGAGACGGACUCUCGGCUCACGUGUCCCCUUCUUUCUCGUACGACCGGUUUUACUUUGUUCGGUCUCCGCCCUUUUCAAACGUUUUCCUUCCUCCCAUCUGUCGGGCCUCUCUUCAAAGCUCACUGGAAAAAGAGACACCCCCAGGCGUACGGGUUCUGGGGAGAAACUGACA